CUGCAUUAGGUUAUGUUCACUUCGUCUCUCACUACCAAAAUCAAAACCUUACGGUGUUUCUGUUGUGAUAAUGGUAAAAUUGGAAUCAAUGAAUCAAUAAAAAAGAAAAAAAAAAGCCAGGCAAGUGGUGUGUUAUGUCAAGCGUCCGUUAAACGACAGACAGUGACAGUAGUGCAGCAGACACGAUAAAAUAAAAGGUAACAAACCCACUCGUUUAUCAGUUUCCACUGCGAAAUUUCCUUUCUUCUUCUUGUGGCUCUUUGCACCUCUCAAAAUUCUAUGUGGUCGUGGAGAUGGUGAUGAUUACUGCUUGGAUCGCUGACCUCUUCGCUUGUAUGGGAACAGUGGUUGCUUUGGAUGUUGUAUGAAACCAACACCAAUAAUUGCUGUGGAUGAGCCGGCAAAGGGACUAAGAAUUCAGGGGCAGACAGUGAGAAAACCACAUAUAUCAGAUGGUUUCUGGAGUUCAAGCACUUGUGAUCUGGAUAAUGGCAACAUUCAAUCUCAGAGAAGUAUCUCGUCUGUCAGUACAUUAAAUCAAAUUCUCUAUCAUAGUGGUGGAACUUCUACUACAGGCACCAACUCUGAAUUUGUAAACCCAGGUCUUCUUCUCUGGAACGAAAGUAGGCUUCAGUGGAUUGGAAGUGAAAAAUCUAGCAAGCCUAGCCAACAAAAACGUGAACCCAGACUGAAUUGGAAUGCAACUUACGAAAGUUUGCUUGGGACUAGACAACCUUUCCCCAAGUCCAUACCUUUAUCUGAAAUGGUCGAAUUCCUGGUGGAUGUUUGGGAACGUGAAGGGAUGUAUGGUUGAAACUUUGAGAAGUGAAACUGCCGAGUGCCUUUAAGUUUGUUUAUAUUUGAAUGAUGCAUUUGACUCGUGAAAGGCUUUCCUGUAUAGUUGUGCAGAGAAUAUUAAAAGAUCAAACACAAGUUUGUUCUUCCUUUGUAAUUUAAAACACUAAAGGCAAUCCUUUUGUUUUUGCCCUCAUGUAAAUGAAUCUAUACCAUUUUCAAACUAAAAUCUGAAUUGCUGAAUGCAGAAGUUAUUACUGUUACCUUUAA